AUGUCCUUCGCAAUUCUCCCCUCCAAGCCACAGGCUUCAAUUUCUUACAAGCUCUUUGAGGGCCAAAAUUUCAAUCUGGAUUUUCCACUCAUCGUGUUCAUUAAUGGUCUUGGUUUACCAUCUGUAUCGUGGGCUCCCACAAUUGCUCUUCUUCAACAGUCCACUAGUUCUGUAAAGCCAAACAUUUUGACAUACGAUCGCUACGGUCAAGGUUCCACGACCUCUCAAGAUCCAGCCGAUAACAUACCAGGAAAAGACCCUGGAUACGGUCACGAUAUGAACGAUGCAGUCAACGAUCUUCACGAGCUAAUCCAAGUCACCGUUCUGGCAAACCCUAAGCUUGUUCUCGUUGCAGCUAGUAUUGGUGUUCAUAUCGCUCGACUCUACGCUAAAAAACACCCAGCCACUGUGGAAGGUCUCUUAUUCCUGGAUUCAAACAUCGGCAAUGCCGAAGCUACGGAUCUUUGGCCAAAUCCUCAUACUCCUGACUUUAAAGAAAGCGAUAUGGUAGGAGAUGAUUGUACGCUGGAGCAAUACAUCCAAGCAUACGCUAGACUGGGACGAACAUUCAACACUGAUGUUAAGAGCCCUGAAGGGUUAGAUAGAAGAAAUAUCCUGCAACUUUUACCCAACCCUUCCUCUCCCAAACUCCAAGGAUCGGAUGGCAAAGGGCCAUGGUUGAAGGUCAUUGGGCAUGACCCUGAACCUUUUGCAGAAGAGAUGUGGAUGAUAGCAAAGAUACCGAAAAGUAUUGACAGGAAGUAUACUCAACCUGCAUGGCAAAAAUACAAUGAAGAAUUGUUGAAUCUCACAGACGCUGACCGUUCAACGGAUGAAGUCCUCAUUGCUCCUGGUUGUGGUCAUUUUAUUCAGAAGGAUAAUCCUCAAUUCGUUGCUACGCAAUUGGAGGAUCUACUUUCGAGAAUUUAG